AUGACCGGCUCCAAGAUCACAGGCUUCUCCGUCCAUGAUAUCCGCUUUCCCACCAACGUUAGCGGUGAUGGAACCGAUGCCAUGAAUAAGGAGUGUGACUACUCCGCAGCCUACAUUGAGAUCCACACGGAUGGCGACCUCAAGGGGCAGGGAAUGACAUUCACCAUUGGUCGUGGUAACGACAUUGUUAUGUACGCCAUCGAGGCGGUCGCGAACCGGAUAGUCGGCAUGGAGGUCGAGACGAUCUUUGGCGAUAUCGGCGCGUUCUGGACCUUCUUGGUCGGAGACCCCCAGCACCGAUGGCUCGGCCCAGAGAAGGGUGUCAUCCACCUCGCUACCGCCGCCGUCAACAAUGCCGUUUGGGACAUGUUCGCCAAGGCGCGUGGAAAGCCCCUGUGGAAGCUAAUCGUCGACUUUACGCCUGAAGAGAUGGUCAAAGCCGCUGCUUUCCGUUACAUCACCGACGCACUCACACCAGAAGAGGCGCUCAAGAUGCUCAAGGAGAAGGAGGCGGGUAAGAAGCAGCGGGAAGAGGAGGUCAAGAAGAUCGGGUACCCCGCUUACACCACUUCUGUUGGUUGGCUCGGAUACUCGGACGAGAAGGUCCGCCGUCUGACCAAAGAGGCGCUCAACCAGGGCUUCAACCACUUCAAGCUCAAGGUCGGUGCCGACGUCGAGGACGAUCUCCGCCGAGGCCGUCUCAUCCGCUCCAUCAUUGACGAUCCCGCAAAUAUGCCCGCUGGCCGCAAGAUUGAUCCCGCCACCAUCCAAGGGAAGAACGCCGGCCCAACAGGCUGUGUCCUGAUGGUGGAUGCCAACCAGGUUUGGGACGUCCCACAGGCCAUAGAAUACAUGAAGAAGCUCGAGCCGCUCAAGGUGUGGUUCAUCGAGGAACCUACCGCUCCUGAUGAUGCCGUCGGACACGCGGCGAUCAGGAAGGCGCUCAAGCCGCUCAACAUCGGUGUGGCGACUGGAGAGCACGCUCAUAACCGGAUGGUCUUCAAGCAGCUUCUCCAGCUUGACGCCAUCGAUGUUACCCAGAUCGACUCAUGUCGGGUCUCCGGCAUCAACGAGCUCCUAGCCAUUAUGCUCAUGUCCGCCAAGUUCGGCAAGCCCGUCUGCCCCCACGCCGGCGGUGUCGGUCUCUGCGAAUAUGUCAUCCACCUCUCCCUCAUCGACUACAUCGCCAUUUCAGGGGAUAUGACCCGGAAUGUCCUCGAGUUUGUCGACCACUUGCACGAGCACUUCAAAUACCCCUGCUCCAUCAACCCUCAGGGCCGGUACAAUGUCCCCCUGGACCCCAAGGAGGGCUACUCUAUCGAGAUGUUCGAAGAGUCCAUGAAGGAGUUUGCGUUCCCGGGGGGGACGUACUGGGUGGCGGCGGCGGCGGGGAAUGCGCCAAAGCCCAAGCACAGGGGCAUUGAGGAUUAG